AUGAAUCCAGAUUCAACAAAUCCUAAUGAUAUCGCUGAAUAUAGAUCUCUCACAAGUGUACUUACUGCACAUUUGAAGUAUGGCCAAUGGGCAAGGCAAACAAUACUUAAUCCGAAAAAGUUAAAGUGGCAAUCACUUACGGAUGAUGAAAAGGAACUUCUUCCCUGGUUCCCAUGUUAUCUUGAGCUCCUGGAUUCUUGUAUUAAAACUAAUGAAAAUUUUUUUCGAGAGGUAGCCUUGACAACUGAUCGUUUAUGGCAAGCAGGCAGGGAUCCGAGCUCCUGGAGCGAUUGCUCUAGUCAGGACCUUGAUAAGUUACGAGGAAUCAUGAUUCAGUAUGUCAGAGAGUGGUCUGAUAUAUGCGUGAAAGAAAGAGAUAAUUCAAUGGGUCGUAUUCUUAGGAAGUGUGAAGAACUUUUUCCGAACAUUGACAAUCGACCCAAUGUCAACGUCUUGGUUCCUGGAGCCGGUCUUGGACGUCUAGUUGUUGAAUUUGUUAAACGAGGAUUUUGUACCCAGGGGAAUGAAUUUUCGUAUCAUAUGCUUCUUAACUCAAGUUUCAUUCUCAAUGCUUCUUACCGUUCAAAUAACUUCUGUAUCUGUCCGUUCAUUCACAAACAAUCAAACAAUGCUGAGAAGAAGUACCAGACAAGACAAGUUUUUUUCCCCGAUUUUUAUCCUCCUGACGUAUCUUUAAUUAGUAAAGAGCAUCCGAAUAUUCUAGUUGGUGAAUUAAUGUCGAUGGUUGCCGGCUCAUUUGUUGAUUUAUAUGGCCCUUCAGAUUUGAAUAAGGUGAAUGAAACAUAUACGGAAAGUCCAAAGGCUGUAAAGUUUAGAAAGACUAACAGACAUAAAUUCGACGUAGUGGCUACCUGCUUUUUUAUUGAUACGGCCUCAAACAUAAUCGACUACCUCAAAACGAUAAAAAAUUGUUUGUCUGAUAAUGGCUAUUGGGUCAAUUUUGGGCCUUUACUUUGGCAUCAUGAGGACGAUGAUGAUGUAAUCGAAAGUAUCAUAAUAGACCCGGUAACUAAAUUAAAACAAAAGGUUAUAACUCCCAUGAAGGGCCUUGAACUUCCACGUGAAGACCUGAUUCAACUAAUUAAAGAUAUGGGCUUUGAGUUUAUAGAUCAUAUUUCCGAUAUUGAGAGUACAUAUGGAGGGGACCCAAUGGCAUUAGGUAAUUGGAGCUACAAAUCUGAAUUUUGGGUCUGUCAGAAAGUGAAAAAUUAA